AUGGCGGACCACACGGGCCCAAACCUUCGAGUACCCAAGAAACGCAUCAUUGUCUGCUGUGAUGGAACCUGGAUGGACAGCGACGGUGACUACCAGGUACCAAGCAACGUGACACGCAUCGCCCGCGCGAUCCCCCCAUCUGGUCUCGACACGAACCUCACCCCUCCAGAGCCGAUCCACCAAGUCGUCUGCUAUGUCAAUGGUGUCGGCACGGGUUCGAAGUCUUUGUAUAACAAGUAUAUCGGCGGCGCAACAGGCGAAGGGCUCUCUGAUCAUAUCCGGGAAGCCUACAGUUUUGUCUGUCUCAAUUACAACGACGGGGAUGAGAUCAUAUUGCUUGGUUUUUCCCGUGGUGCGUUCACAGCACGAAGCAUUUCCAGCUUGAUCAGUGAUGUGGGCCUAUUGACCGCCAAGGGCCUCGAAUUCUUCACUCAGGUAUUUGAGGAUUGGGAGUUUCAGCAGCAAAAGCCACCCUACAAGACAAAAUGGCCACAUCUUCCAUUUCCAGGCCAUAAACCACCAGUGACCGACAGUGGAUAUCGUGAGGAAAUGCGCAAGCGAAACUUGAGCAGGCACAAUAUCAAGAUUAAAUGUGUAGCGGUGUGGGACACUGUGGGUGGCCUGGGGAUUCCAAUGAUCGGAUUGUUGCCGCAGCCACCGUCCAAAGACUUCGCUUUCGUGGACACUCGAGUUGAGUCCAAUAUCGAGUAUGCCUUUCAGGCGCUUGCCCUCGAUGAGCAUCGUCGUGCUUACACGCCAACAAUCUGGGACUGGCCUCGCACUGAGACACAUGAUCUCAAAGUCCUCAAGCAGACAUGGUUCCCUGGCGUGCACAGCGAUAUUGGUGGGAGUUACGACGAUACGGCAUUGGCUAAUCUGACCUUGGCAUGGAUGGUCAGUUUGUUUGAGCAAUACAAAUUAUUGACCAUUGAUACAGACUACAUCAUGAAUUUGGUGAGGCCAACGGCGGCACUCCUCGCACCGCCAACGAGCAAUGGCACAUCAGCCAAAAGAAUGAGCAUCCCUCGGCCUCCGACCCACGGAACGACACGUCCCUGGGGAUUAGGCAAGAUUCAUAAUAGCAUGAGUUUCUUCUUCCGCUUCGGAGGAAGUCGUGUCCGGACACCACUCGAAUACCGCGAGCAGGAACUCGCCUCGCAGCAUGGCACAGUUCUCUGGAUCAUUUGGAAACUGAUCCACCGCAUCGGUCUCGCAUUCGGGCACUCGCAGCACCUACGCCCACGACUGGCACGCACAGAAGAGACGAUACACUCCUCGGUACGAAUCCGCAUGGGCAAGCACGGCCUUGGCUACGACGACAAGGGCACCUACGACUCGCAGGCGCUGCAAGGCUGGGCGAUGCACGGCGUUGAGACGAACCCGGAGACGCCCAUUGCGCUGAGCACUCCUGGUCAGGUGGGCGAGAUGAAGAACGUGGUAUGGAAGAAGAAUGUUACCGCAGAAGAAGUGCAGACGAAUGGCCGGGUGAAAGCCAGGGUAAAUGGCACGAAUGGUGAUGUUGAGACGAAGCCCCUGGUGAUACCGGAAGAGCCGCUCGGCGCGUUCGAACAUGAGAUUCUCAAGCUUUGGCCAGAGAUCAAUGAAAUAUUCCACACCGUGCAGCCUGGGAAGCAUGAGAAGCAUGUCAGGAAGGCUAGCACAUAUCCCACCGAGCGGAAAAGUAGUGGGAAGCGCGGUAGCCAUGGUCAUGGUCAUGGUGUAGGUGAUGAGAGGAUGACAAAUGGGAGGGAUGGUUUGACACUUGAUACAGGCAGUGAGUUGAGAAACAGGAUUGAGACUGCUUGA